AUGUUAGACAUAUCUUGCACUCAGUCAGUCAAUGUUAUCUUUACAGGAGUCAUAGAUCUGCCUGGUGCUGCAGGCGGAAUAGUGGAAUUUAAGGCUUCACUUUUGGCAUCUUAUGGAUUCGCUACUCUUGCUUUGGCCUACUUGGGCUAUGAAGAUCAACCAUCGUCUCCAUCUUCAAUAAACUUGGAUUAUUUUGAAGAAGCUGCUAACUGGCUUAUAAGUCACUCUAAAGUGCUUCUACAUGGUAUCGGCAUGCACCCUAUAUGCGAUGGGUCAUGGAUUGCACUGUUGACGGCAAGCUAUCAGAUCGCACUAAUAAAGGCCAUUGUAGCUAUUUCAUAUCUGGUAAUCGCCUUCCUUUUCCCUUUCCAAUUAAAAGGGAGAGUCUCCGACAUGAUACCCCUUAAUGACAGCAGAGUGGUGUCUUCAGAAAAGAGCAGCAUCUAUCGUUUCACCCAACCAACUGACAUUGAUUACAUGAAUCCAACAACAGUCUUCAAAUACUUAGCUAUUACACCAGUUGAGAACAUCAAUUGCCCUGUCAUGCUGGUUUCUGGAACUGAUGACUUGA